UCCCUUCGACGUGGCACUCGUGGCGAAGGAAAUGGCGGCCGUCAGGUGCAGCAGGGUUCACAGUGGCCGACCAGCCGAGUACCCUCGAAGUUGACACGUAAGCUUUCCUUCCUGCCCCGCACAGCAACCGGCCUCAUCGCGCACAGAACUAUGUUUUCAAGCGGAGAGACGUGCAGUUUUUGCCGGACACCGAAGACAUAGCAGGAACACCACGACUAAUAUUCGGAAGCAUUGCUCGUGCCGCAAACCCCUUACAGAGCAAUGGCUGAAGAGCAGAUGCAAAGCAGGGUAGAAACAUUUGUCCUGGCUGGAUCGAAUGGCCAUAAUGGCCAACAGUGGCGGACCGGUAUGAAUAACGUGGUGCACCAUCAUCCUGAAGCCACCAACCACAUGUCCAGGAUGGCCCGCGUUGCCUCAGAUGUCAGGCAUAAAUGUGCGGCCUAUGUUCUCGCACUGAGGCCGUGGAGCUUCAGUGCCUCGCUCACACCCGUGGCCCUUGGCAGCGCCUUGGCGUACAAACUGGAGGGCUCUGUGGACCUGGUCAUCCUGAUGGUGUGCGCGGUGGCCGUCCUCGUGGUCCACGGAGCAGGAAACCUUGUGAACACCUACUAUGACUUCUCCAAAGGGAUUGAUCACAAGAAGAGUGAUGAUAGAACUCUAGUGGAUGAAAUCUUGGCGCCACAGGAUGUUGUUAUGUUUGGUGCUUUGUUAUAUUCUUUGGGGUGCUUGUGUGCCACUCUGCUCUACUUCCUGUCUACGCUUAGAUUGGAGCACCUAGCUCUUAUUUAUUUUGGGGGACUUUCCAGCUCUUUUUUGUACACUGGCGGCAUCGGCCUCAAGUACGUCGCCUUGGGAGAUGUAGUGAUCCUCAUUACUUUCGGCCCUCUGGCAGUCAUGUUUGCUCAUGCGGUACAGGUUGGCUACCUCUCGGUGCUGCCGCUGGUGUAUGCCGUCCCGCUGGCCCUCAACACGGAAGCCAUCCUCCACAGCAACAACACCAGAGACAUGGACUCGGACAAGCAGGCUGGCAUCGUCACCCUGGCCAUCCUCGUAGGCCCCACGCUCUCUUAUAUCCUCUACAACCUCCUGCUCUUUGCCCCCUAUGUGGUCUUCUGCAUCCUCGCCACACGGUACACCAUCAGCAUGGCACUGCCUCUGCUCACGCUGCCCAUGGCCUUCCCUCUGGAGAAGCAGUUCCGCAGUCGAUUCUACGCCAAGAUCCCCCAGAAAACAGCCAAGCUCAACCUACUCAUGGGACUCUUCUACGUGUUCGGGAUCAUCCUGGCACCUCCUGGCAGCUUGCCAUUACUGUGAGCCAUUGGCUUUCAAACUAUUAUUUUGUUGUUUUAAUACAGACUAGUUUAAGAACCUCUUUGUAUUUGUACAAAGAUUACCUGAAGGCUUUCACCGCCUUUAAUUUAUUGUUUAAUUUAUGAGUUGAACAGAGAUUUAGUUUAGCGCCUCCUCUGUGAAACUGAAGAUGUAAUUGGAUGUUUUUUUUCCAGUAUUAGGCCCACUGGAAUGUGUUGGUGAAAUUAAGAAGUGUUGGUGUCAUUUUGUAGAGGUGGGCAACAUUACAAUGAAGUUGCCAUAUUUGUAGUAACACUGACACCAAAAAGGUGAACAAACCAUUAUUCUCACCAUUGUACUCUCUUUAUGGUACAUGUUUAUUUGUGCUUCUUUUUUUUUUCUUUUUUUUUUUUUUUUUGCAAAGCCAAAUAGUAUUUUACAGGAUUGUAAUAAAACUCACUGAUGCUGAUGUGC